CAAGAACAAGACAAUAAAGCAAAAGAAGGAGUUGACCGCUCCUCGCCAGUCUCUGGCAUGAAAUCUACUGAACCAGCCACUUCAGAAGAUCAGCGUUCAUAUUCAUGGAAUAGUGGCUCCUAUAGUGGUUCCGAAUGUCAUAGCCACAGUCGAAGUUGCAGUACAUGUCCAAUAGACGAGAAUCAACAAGCGACAACAACUCGCGAUACGGAUGGCUCACCAACGUCAUUUUUCACUGGUCGAGAGUCCUCAUCUAGCCCAACACGAUCGGUCAACAGGAACGGUUCAAAGUAUGUCUGUCGGUUGAAUUGA